UUUGCUUUUUUUGUCGUUCCUUUGCUUGUGUUUGGGAGCGAAGUGAGAUUCUGUUUAUUUUUAUUUACAUUCUCUCCAUCUCGGCAUUCGCAUCACACUGCUGGUGGUGUGGUGGGCAAAUCGCGCAGUAGUUAGUUCGAAAACAGACACGGGUUACGACGCGAAACGUAGGAAAGUAUCAGUGCAAAACAGUGGCAGAAUAUCGAUAUUGGCUUCUUCGGUAGCAAAAUAAAAAUAAUUAUUGAGGUAUUUAAACGCAAUUGUUUUCGAUUUACGUUCUGCAAGUUUUCGCUUGUACCAAUUUCGGUUCAGCCCGACGGUCAGCAUCUUUGAAUAACUUUGUGCAGUGAGGCUAAUCGAUUGCAAAAUCUCGUCAGCGGGAUCGGUGAGUAAUCGGAGGAAAAAAUGUCCGAUGAACCAUCAUCUUCUGUGGAAUUUCGACGAGAAGGGGGAUCAACGAAUGAUCCGCCGGAAGGUUGUCGUUCUCGAUCGGGGAGCAGCAGCAGCAGCGGUAGUCUCGUGGGCGAAGCUGAAGAAGAUUACUGCGAGAACUCUCCCUGGGUGUUCAUUCCGGAACCGAUGUUUACGAAAAUCUUCCUCUAUCUGGAGCCCCGGGAUAUGCUGAAUGCGGGCCAGACCUGCAAACGGUGGAACAAGCUGAGCCGCGACGACUACAUAUGGCGCAAGUACUUUCAGAGGGAAUUCAAUGUGGACACCAACAUUGGAUUGAAGCCAGGAGCCGAGUCUUGGCGGUCGGAGUUCAAACGGCUGACCGAUAAUGUCCCAAUGGUGAUGACGGAUGUGCUGACCAAUCACUCGCACCAGGUGUUGCACGUUAGCUUUUCCCACAAUGGAAAAAUGUUCGCUACCUGUUCCAAGGAUGGAUUUGUUAUCGUUUGGAACUCCGCAUAUCCCUCAACGAUUCGAGAUUCGUACGACAUGCGGAAGCUGAGCUGGAAGUACACUCAGUUUUCGCAGUUCAAUCAAAGCGACACCCUGCUGUUAGUAUCCGGAGUGCAUUUCGGCUCACCUCAUAGUACUUCCGGUGAGAUUGCUGUUUUCACCGUGCAAAAUGGCUUCCGGUUGAGGUGUCGCGUAACCAAUCGACCAUACGACAUAUUCGGAACGUGGUUCAGUGAUCAGCACCUCCUGUCGGGCGACCUGCAUUGGUUGGCCCACUUGGUUAGUUCGUCGAUCUUGUGGCUAAACAAGGCCAAUCAGGAAGUAGACUCGGAACAUACGCCAAUCCGAAAUCAAUUGUACAAAUUCUACAACAGGAACGCCAGUUCCAUCCGUGCCAUCAUGGUGGCCAACUGCCCCUGGCUCGGGGAUGAAAAGAAGGACGAAGAGGGUGCCGAGGGGCCAAGUACAUCCGAUGCAGCUGGACAGAAGCCGACCACCGAAGAUGAGGAAGACGACCGAAGGAUUGGCAAUCCUCUGUCGCAUUACCAGAUGAACCAGGACCAAGCCAUGGAUAAUAUGUACCGAGCUGGAAGGGAUAUUGACCUUGACUUCCCGUACGUCCCCUUGGAGAACAACGAUUAUGCUAGCCCCAUCCAUUACCUGGACGAAUACCGAAGAGAGUACGAGGACAGUUAUUACGAAUCGUCGGACGAUUGCCUGGACGAUGAUGACGAUCAAGAGGACGAUGAUAUGUCAGAGACGGAGGAUCUGGACAACCUGUGCCCAAAGUAUCUCAUAUUUUCAACGGGUUCAAAAACCUACACACCACACCAGAUUGGCUUCAAGAGGAUAAGCAGCGUCAAUUUUCCACGACGGGUGGACCCAGGCCCGUCACUGAAGGAACGGAUCGCCCUGCGCGAUCGUCAGCGGGAAUUGGAGGUAAUUAUGCGUGAGAUGUCUCAAGAAGAAAUCCGCCUCCAAUAUAUCUUGCAGAACGAGACCCCACCGAUGGAGGCCAACUGGGCCAACUACGAGGCGGUGGCCGAUCGGUUCGACAAGGUGGACAAACUGAUCGAUCUGCACGGGCACAUAAUCGGUAUGGGGUUGAGUCCGGAUCAUCGCUAUCUGUAUGUGAACAGCAGGCCGUGGCCCAAGAACUAUGUGAUACGGAAUCCUUUGGAACCUCCGCCGAUUGCACAGGAGAUAGAUAUCCACGUGAUUGAUUUGAUGACAUUGAAGAAGGUUGGCACAAUGCUGAGAGCCCAUAAGGCGUACACGCCGAACACCGAAUGUUUCUUCAUUUUCCUCGAUGUGUGUGACAACUAUGUUGCAAGUGGAGCCGAAGACAUGCACGCAUACCUGUGGGAUCGCUACUACGGCGUCUGCUUGACCAAGUACCAGCACGACGAUGUGGUCAACAGUGUGGCCUUCAACCCUCGGGACAACGAAAUGCUGGUGACCACCAGCGAUGACUACGAAAUCAAGAUUUGGAGAUCACUGUCCCAAGCGAAAAAGCUUGGCAUUCAGCCGGUGGGGAAAGCCAUUGAGUUUAGAAAGCUCAAGUCCAGAACUACGGCGUGCCAUUGAACCAGCUCCGAUCAAUUCACAUGUUUUCUUUGGUCACCAUUAGUGUUAUUCUAAAUCUCGGUUCGAAAUGUAAAAACAAAAUCUAGUCGCAGACGAAACCAUCCCGAUCAAAUCAAUUCAUCUUAUAUGUAUUAUCGGUGAUGAAAUUAUUGGAUAGUACUAACUAAUAGCUGUUAUCGUAAAAUGAAUAUUAUGUAUAAAAAACGACGAUUUUUUAUCACCGGUAAUUGGUUGUAAUGUUUCUAAAUUCAAUGAUAUUUCGAGCGUGCUCUAGAAAACACAAAACUUUUACUGAAGUCUUUGAAUUGGCAUCGGCUCAUGCUAGCGUCGUGUAGAUAGUGUAUUCAGUUUCAGACGUUCUGAAAAUGCACUAAACUUCAUUGAAAUUCGAAACUUUUCAACCCUGUUGGAUUUUCAAGCCGGUGUUUGAAAAAUCGCCCAAUCCUAGAAAAGGUAUUUCUUUCCAUUGCAUGUUCGCCACAGAACGGUUGAGUUUGUUUAUAAAAUUUAUUCACAAUCGUGCAAUGAAAUCGUAACAAAAUUACUGCUUUAACAAAUCACAGAUUAAGAAUGUAUAUUUGCGGAUUUUAGAAUUUUUAUUCUAUUUUACUGUUUUAAAUAAAAAAUCACAUGAAA